CCUAACCACAAAGUGUGCCUACUACUACGCUCUUAACUUUCCUCCCCUUCCCAUUUCCUUGCUAACUUUCUACUCCAGGAAACAAUCAAACUUCCCAAAAGUGACCGGAAUUGGAAGACAAUAGCUUCCUCCGCAGCUAAAAGGCGAACUCCCAUUGGUGAGGUACAAAGAGUGCUGGAACCCCGCGGGUCGGGUUUCACGGAUGAGCAAACUAUGUGUUCCCCACCGUUCACCCCACCAUUCACCUCAUCAUUUACUUUGCGACCUACCUGCCAUAUUUACCCCACUGAUUAUUGUCAUCCUAUCUUCGAAACCGACAUGCUCUUGGGACCUACGCCGGCCCCACAGACCCCGAGGGGUUAUCCCUGCAAAGGUGUGUUCAAGCGCGAGGUUUAGCGCGAGGUUUUCUCUGCACCCUCAGUAUAGCCUUGGGGUAUUAUUUUCUCCGACACUCGCGAUGACAAGCGCCAGUGCGGGGUUACCUAUCAAUAACUUCCAGGGCACCCUGAGGUCCCGGCACUCGAAAUCUGAUGGUUGGCCCCGUCAAAUGGUAAUGGGGCUACCUAGCAGGGCUGGUACCGGGGCAACCCUACACCAUCUGCCGGGGUUACUUCCCACUGGCAGGACGCCAUUCCUGCUGCAUUACGAAGCGAACUGCUACGUACGACACCUGGAGGGUGGGACACAUCACAAAGUUGCGCGGAGCCCCCGCCCAAUCGUGGCGGAGACUUUGAUGAAUGUUACGAAUGCUAAUAAUAUUACGAAGUCAGAGGCUGGAGUCCUGCCUACUUCAAAGACCAUGUGCGUCAUAGAUUUGCUCUUCCAAUUCAAUCAUUUUGCAGGCGAUUGUUCCUACUUUCCCGUUCAAAUCGGUUUCAACCCAACCGGCGUGCUGAGGCAGUUUAUCCAUAUUCGCUGACCAACUUCUCACAUCUGCAAUCACACAACGUCUUGACGAAAGAUGGGCCCGGAACGUUCCUCAGGAAACGCGAAGGGGCGCCACGUACUAUCACGUAAUGAUGAAGUCAUAACAGGGUAUUCUUUUUCAUGUGAAGGGGUAGUUCCUAUGACUCUGGUGCGCACCAAUGGUGCGC